AUGGCUACAAUCUUUCGGCACUACUGCGAUCUGCCGGCUGACAAUUUGGACCAACUUCUCCCUCGCAUUGGCAAUUUGGGCGUCUACUUUCAGCGACUCGUACCAUUCUGCUAUAGCCGCCGCGAGGCGAGACGCGGCCAAGGAAAAGGCAAGGGACCUCGCGGGGCCAGUGACAGUUUCGACCCUGCUUCGAUUUCUCGGUUGACAAAUUGGACCGAUGUGUCUACAGCGUUGACAUUUUGGGCGUUUACUUUCGACAAUUCUCACAACCCUCAGCCGGGUGAGCAGCAACACAGCCACGCAGGAAUACUGCACCGAGCGACACAAACGACACUGUUGCUGCAUGUGUCAGGAAAUGGUGAGAAAAAAGAGACAACGUCGCACAGUCGCACCAUCCACACCACCGAUACCACCACAUCACCCACCACUACCAUGGAGCGCCUCAAGGAAUGGCUGUCGCCUCCGACCCAAGUCCAAAGCUGCUAUUGCACCAUCAUCAAGGUCGACAACGAGUAUGCUACUCUAUUCGCCGCGCUCGCCUUCACCUUCUUCUGCACCACUGUUGUGCUGAGCCUCGCAGACCUGAACUCUCCGACUGACGCAUCUGUAACAGCAACGCAGCAGUACACCUUUAGCUACAUCGCCGAAGUCGCCUCCGACGCACUCAAUGACCUGUCCGAGGCAAUUGUGCGCCUGCUCACCAUUGCAUACGAGUGUAUCCUCAAGCCCUACCCCUUCAUCUCCAACGCAGCGAAGCGCAACCUCGCCGGCAUCUACGAAGCUGUCUCUACGUGGCUGGGCACCGCACGCGCACGCACCCAAUCCAACGAACCAACACCUUCGACUAUACAGAGUAGCGAGCCAGAAGCACCCCCAGAGGCGCCAGAAGCACAGAAGCUGGAGGAGCUGGAGUAUGUCCUGCUUGACGGAGCUACUGCUAGGGCAUCUCAGAAGGACAAGCUCGUGGGCGCGGCAGAGAAGUCUCGGGAGAACGAGAGAACAUUCACGACGAGCGAGGCUCGAGGCGCAUAUGGGGUGUACAUUGAUGGCUUGUUACGGACUGCACUCGGGACUGGACAGGACUGGAAGCGCUCCAAUGACACAUAUGUAUUCCUGACCAACCCAGCCACUGCUCGUGUGCUGGUGAUUGCUUUGGACGUGUGGGCAUUCCCCGACUUGUUGGCGUCAAAAGUAGGAAUGACGUUGAUGUGGUUGUCAUUGCAAAUGCCGCGUAACAUGACGGCAUCCCGAAGUCGCUCUCAAAAUAUGCAAGCCAAGCUUGCUGCCAGAGAGCUCCACGAGCCUACGGAAGGAUGGGAAUGCUGGAUGUCGCCUGCACGCCAGCGAAUGCUGCCAGAAACUCCACCUCCCAACCCGACCCUGCUGUCACUUCUCAGAGAUGAGUUCUUUGGCGCGCCCUAUGCGACUCCUCAGGCCAUAGCAGUUGCGAUGAUCCUGCAAAACAGCAGUAUCGCAUCACAACCGCCUGCUUCAAGACUUCGAUUCUGCAACUACCCAACACCGUUGUACAUUUUGGCAUGGCAUGGAAUUACGCCAUUCAAAUUCAUCUUGGUCGCGAACUGCUAUGCAGAGUCUUCUCUCUCCGACUCGCCACGCCACGCUUGCCUCACGACCUCACGACCCAACUCUGCCGACACCACCAAUCUUGCUACUGCUGUGAGCAGGGAGACCUGGUCCAACCGCUCCAUCGCUAGAACUCAUACCUCACGGACGCCUGCUCACAUUCUUCUUGAAGUAUUCAACGACAGCCAUGGCGCCUUAAAACUGCCCGUCUUACAAUGCAAGCCUGAAGCUUUCGGGGCGAGCAUCUCGCGACGAGGGGAAGGAGGGAGCUGCACGCCACAUCUCGUAAUGGCAUUUCGUCAUAAUUCCUUCGAUGACUGCGAACUUCCCUCUAUCUAUGGCCAUCUUUCAGACUCGGGAGGAUCCAUCAGGCUAAAUGGCAGAUCAAUCAUACAUGGCGACGGCAUGUGGUGGAGGAAGAGUAACUCGGUCAGAAGAGGAAGCCGUCAAGCCAGUGGCACGGUUUUGAUGGAGUGCAAAAUAUGUGGAGGUGAUAGAAAGAACACGGAAGAGGUCACAUUUGAGGAGGUGCUAAAGAUCUUCCAUUUCCCGGGACUCUGCUUUUUUGAAGCACGAGGCCCUCUGAUGAUAUUCGCGAACAGAGAUGUAGUAGAUCAUCUACGCCGCCGUCUCCCGGACAAUCGAGCUUGCAAAAUGGAGAAGAACAAUAGCGAAAUUUGCAUCGAAGAAGUCAGCAACCGAGGCCAGCAUCCCAUUGGUGAAAUCAGCAUCCCAUUAUUGGAGUCAGCAUCUCCUUGUCAGCAUCCUAUCGACGAAUCAGCCAGCCCUCGACGAAGCUAG